CUCAACACCGUACUCCAAUCAAAGACGAGAGCAAAAGGCUAACCCAGACAACUCUGUUACUGUUCCCCUCUCUUUCUCUCACCUGCCUUUCAAAAAUAACACAAACUCAUUAGAAACUGUCCUGUUGGGACUCCGAUUCUGACAAAUCCUAUUCCUACAGUUAUCUAAACUCCACGUAACCUUUAAAAUCCUCUUGAAAAACCCCUAAUUUCCUCCAUAUCCGCCCCUCAUAGUGAACGAAUUAGAGCUGCCUCGUCUCACCGGCCGCUGAUUCUCGCGUGCCUCAACCGCAUGCCUUUUCUUUGUUGGUUUGUUCACUUUUGAAGAUCAGUUUUUGCUCCAAUAAUUUGAUAUUACGCUAUCAAGGAGAUGGGCAGUACGUUUAAUCCUCAGAUAUUAGUGGAAAAGCUAGCCAAGCUUAACAACUCACAGACAAGCAUAGAGACUUUAUCACAUUGGUGCAUUUUUCAUAUGAAUAAGGCCAAGCAAGUUGUAGAAACAUGGGACAGACAAUUUCAUUGCUCUCCAUGUGAGCAGAGAUUGGCGUUUCUGUAUCUUGCAAAUGACAUCUUGCAGAAUAGUAGGAGAAAAGGUUCUGAAUUUGUUGGUGAAUUUUGGAAGGUUCUUCCAGACGCUCUUCGUGAUGUGAUGGAUAAUGGAGACGAGUUUGGAAGAAAUGCUGCUCGACGGCUGAUUAAUAUUUGGGAGGAGAGGAAAGUCUUUGGUUCACGAGGGCAGAUUCUGAAGGAAGAGCUUGUGGGAAGGCACCUUGAAAAUUACAACAGAAAUGGGAAGCAUCAGAGCUUGAAACUGAAGCAGCCUCUUGGAAAUACAGUGGACAAGAUAAUCUCAGGUUAUCAAGCUGUUAAUGGCAGCCAAAUUGAUGAAGAUGUUGUAUUGAACAAAUGUAGGAAUGCUAUGAGCUCUAUUGGGAAAGUAGAGAGGGAAAUCGGUGGUGAUAUCCAUUCAGGACAAUUGCAUGGAUCUUCAUUGUUGGAAGAGUUGCAGGGUCAGCAUGCUACAUUGAGGGACUGCAUUGAACAAUUAACAACAGUCGAGUCAGUCAGAGCAAAUCUUGUGAGUCAAUUGAGGGAGGCUGUUCAGGAACAGGAAUCGAAGCUGGCUCACAUCCGUAAUGAGUUACAGGUUGCACAAUCCCAGUCAGAUCAGGUCUCCCGGCAGUUACUAGAUUACGAUAAUGUGCCUAUGCUAGCUGAGCAGAACUCAAAGGAAGCUCAUACUUCAAUGGCACCUCCAAGCUUUAUGUCUGGAGACAGAGAAAAGUCAGCUCCUGUAAUGUACACUCGACAGGUAUCUUUUCCCGAAAAAUCUGGUCAUAUUGAGGAGGACCCUCGGAAGUCUGCAGCUGCUGCAGUGGCAGCAAAGCUAACUGCUUCGACAUCCUCUGCCCAGAUGCUCUCUUAUGUCCUCUCCUCUUUGGCAUCUGAGGGUGUCAUUGUUAAUUCAAGUAAUGAACCCUCAGGUGAUUUUCCUUCAGAGAAGAGGCCUAAGAUUGAGAAUGAGCAAUCUUACUUGCCAUCACAGAACCCCGAGCAGCCUCCAGUUCCUUCUUUCCCACACCCUGAAUCUCUGCAACGUAAUAUAACGACCACAACUCAACAUUUAACUACAAAUGACCUGCCACCUCCUCCACCAUCUUCUCCUCCACCAAUGCCUCCACUACCACCUCUGCCACCAUAUCAGAUGCCCCAGUUCAUUCAAAACACAGCAGCUAUGACUAGUGCCCCAUACAGCUAUAACAUGAGCCAACUGCCACCACCUACCAUGCCCAGUUAUCCAGGAGUUGCAGCUCCAAUGACAGGCAUGCCUCCUUUUGCAGCACCUUCAACGCAUCCUUAUCAGAGUUUUCAAGGGUCGGAUGGUAAUUUCUAUAGCCAGCCAUCAUCAGUGCCAAUGGCACCAAUUUCUCGUCAGUAGGAUGUCAGCUGAUAGAUAUUGCUGGGCAACAGACGGCAUCUCUUCUCCAUAGCUUGUGAAGCGAGUGUUGUGAGCUUGGCAUUAGAAACCCAAAUGUUUGUGUCUGUUAUUAUACAAACUAAUUUAGAAUUGCAUAAAGUGUUGUUUGUAAAUUUUGAAUUGGUUUUAGAUCUGAUGCUACCAAAGAAUCCAUUACAUUGUUGAAUUGAGAAAAGGAAUUACUCAUCUUU